AUGUUUGGUGGUUUCCAGGAUGGUUUCGCUCAAACUGGUGGAGAGAUACCUACGGAACUUAUAAUUGUAGUUCGAACGAAAUAUUUGAAGUUAUCGGGAAUAACUCAUUUUACACUACCACACCCAUUUAUUCUACUUCUAAUACAACAGCUGUUUCCGGCAAGCGGUUUUGCUGAUAAAGUCGGAGCAAUAUACGAUGCCGUCUGGUCUCUUGCAUUAGGACUUCAUAGAACAGAACGUUAUCUGAAAAACAUAAACUCAUCAUUAGAGCAUUUUACUUAUGAUAAUGAUCUUAUACGAUCAGCCUUUGUCAAAGAGAUAUCAAACUUAUCAUUUUAUGGAGUUACGGGGCCUAUUUCAUUCAAGAAAGGAAACAGCCGUUUAGGCAAUGUUAUUAUUUGGCAAUUACAAGAUUCUCUUCGUAAAGUUGCCUUUUAUGAUAUUGAAAACAAUAAAAUAAGCAUAGAGAAUGAUUCACUUAAGUGGCCAGGUGGCAAACCUCCUCAAGAUCGUUUAAUUGUCAUCGUUGUCAUUAAAACUAUUCCUAAAGCAUUAUUUAUCCCAUUUAGCAUUCUUAACUGUUUGGGAAUUAUAUUUUCUCUCAUUAUUAUGGUAUUCAUCGCUGUUAAAAGGCGCAAUAGAUACAUCAAGAUGUCAAGUCCUAAUUUAAAUUACUUCAUUUUGUUUGGUUGCAUACUUUGCUAUAUCUCCGUCAUAGUCAAUGGCAUGGAUGCAGGGAUUGUAGGUGUCAAAAAUAGAAAACAUACAUGUAUAGCAGAAAUUUGGCUAUUAAGCUUGGGUUUUACGAUUGCCUUCGGUUCGGUAAUGUUAAAGACAUGGAGAAUAUACAAAAUAUUUACUAACGUUGCAAAAUUAAAAUUGAUCAUUAAAGACCUACAACUCAUUAUUCGUCUUGGACAGUUGUUACUUGUCGAUAUUCUCAUCUUGAUUUUAUGGAAUAUCAUUGACCCUAUAAGUACCAAUGAUGUAGACGUUGGAGUAAAAAUUCACAACCAUAAAGAAAUUAUACGCGAUCGAAUUCAAGUUUGCACAUCCACAAAUUCGAUCGUUUGGUUAAUAGCUAUUUUGGCCUAUAAGUCUGCAAUGUUGCUGUUCGGUGUUAGCUUGGCUUGGAGAACUCGUAAAGUUUCUAUCGAAACAUUAAAUGAUUCUCGCUCUUUAGUAUUGACAAUUUAUAAUAUAUUUGUUUUAAGCUUUACUGGCGUUACCGUUGGUAUGGUUUCUAAUAAUACUUAUGAUAUUGGAUUCGCUUUGAAAGCAGCAUUUAUUAUCUUGUGUACUACAUCAUCGAUUUGUUUAGUAUUUAUUCCAAAGUUACUACAGGUUAGGAUUAACCCGACUCUACCAUCUGCGACAACUAAAACAGAUAACAAAUUUAGUAACAAUAUGCUAUCUACAUCGAUUUCUGGCGAGGCUCAGUUGGAAGUUAGAAAACUGCGAUUAAUUAUCAGAGAGAAACUUUCAAGUAUGGAAAUGCUGUUUCAUAUAUUAGAAGAUAACACAUUUAAUACCAAUGAUAUUAUAUGCUAG